AUGUCCCUUGGCGAAAUGAUCGGAGAAGUAAAGGUUUUGGCCUUUGACCCUACUAAGCCGAUUACACAACCUUUCAUCAGAGUUCAGGUACGCUUCAACGUAGCCAAACCGCUGAGGAUGGCAAAAGUGCUGAAUAUGGGUGAAGGAAGAACUCACAUCAUCCACUUCGACUACGAGCAGCUUCAGAAACGCUGCUACACCUGCAAGCGACUUAAUCAUGAAAAGAGCAUCUGUCCUUUGGAGGUUAAGAAAAGACAGGAAGCAGCUACGUUGAGAAGGGAAAAGAUCAUAGCGGAGAAGACUAAACCGACCACGGUUUUGAUACAGAGUGACCCGCUUUUUGGAGUUCUUGAAGAGGAGCAGGUUGGUCUUAACCCGCUCACGGGGAGACCAAAAAUUACGACUGAGGUGCUGGAGGAGAUGAGGAGAUUCCUCAUGGCUGAUACAGGUGAAUCGUUGGCAAUUAAGAUUGACAAAGUGAAGAAGUCGGUUGCUGAGACAGAGCGUGACCCGAUUCUCCAAAAGACAGUUCUCCGCCUGGAAGCUGCACCGAUCAUCACCACAAACCUCAACAAAGGCAAAGGCCACAUCUUUGAUUUCAGCGACCAGGAGAUUGUUAGAGGUGAAUGGGACGUAAACGUCAACUCAGACAAGCUUAUGGCAGCUUCUAUGAGGGCAAAUAGAAGCUCUUCUCACCAGUCCCCUCUGUUGCUUUCCAGUAAAAGCUUUAUUGAUGAUCCUAAGGGUGAGACAAUGGGUGCUUUUUCUAACAGUCCUACGGUUUUCAGAGCUGGUUCUUUAACACCAUGCUUUACCGGGACAGUUAAGAAAAGGAUCACUAACAGGAGGAGACCACCAAAACUCCAGCGACAAAGAAACAAGUUGGCGCCCUCAGAACUUUCAAAGAAAGGGGAUGAAGACAGAAGAGAAGGCAAACAAGAAGUUGGGUCUAGAAAAAGGAAGAAGACUAACCAGGGAACAGAGGCUGUUUCCACCAGCAAGGCGCAAUGCCUUAAGGUGAUCCCGUAUGAGGGAUCGCCCUCUCCUCAAUGA